AUGGAAGCACGUAUUCAAGAAGCAGUUAGAUAUGUUGAUGAUUUUCCUGAUGCGAAAGUGGCUAAGGUGGCUCGAGAAUUUGGCGUGCCACGUAAUCGAUUGCGAUACCGCCUUCAGGGCCGGCCUCCCAAAAUAGGCAGACCGGCUGUAAAUUUGAAGCUUUCGCGACCAGAAGAGGCGGCGUUAUGUCGUUAUAUCGAUCGUCUUGAUAAUAUCAACCUUGCAGUGCGCCCCGAGUUCAUCACUGACGCAGCAAACCAUAUUCUGCGUGAGCGAUCGGGCAGAGCCGAUCUCGUUAUUGGCAGCAAGUGGACUUCUCGCUUUCUGAAGCGACACGGCUACUUCAAAACGCUCCAAAAGAAGCUUCAUUCAGAGCGUCAAGCUUCUGAGGACCUCACCCGAGUCAGUCAGUAUUUCCAGAGUCUCCAGAAGGUCAUCCAAGAGAAGGGUAUACCUCCUGAUGAUAUCUGGAAUAUGGAUGAGACCGGAUUUCGAAUCGGAGCUGGCAAGGAUCAAUUGAUCGUCACUAAACGGAGGAGAGCUCAUUAUUUUGGUAUCCCUGAGAAUAGGGAGUCUGCCACUGCCAUCGAGGCCGUCUCAGCCAGUGGAGAGUUCAUUCCAGCGUUCUUAAUUCUGUCUGGACAGGUGCACAUGACUUCCUGGUAUCAGAUACCUGGGCUAGAUCUUGAUACAGUUAUCCGACCUACAUCGACUGGUUACUCAAAUGACGAAAUUAGUCUGGAGUGGCUUCAACACUUUGACAAGCAUUCGGCAAAGUCCUCGAGAGGCUCGAAGCGUCUGUUAAUUCUCGAUGGCCACGGCUCUCACCACACAAGACAGUUCAUUCAGUAUUGCGACGAACACGACAUUAUUCCAUUUGGUAUGCCUCCGAAUCUCACGCAUAUCCUCAAGCCUCUGGAUGUUGUAGUCUUUCAGCCAUUGAAGCAUUACCACGCCAAGGCGCUGGAUGUUAUGGUCAGAGACGGCCUUGUCAACAUAACCAAGCUUGAGUUCCUUCCCUGCAUUCAGCAAGUACGAUCACAAGCAUUCAAACAAAGUACCAUACGCUCUGCAUUCCGAAAAACAGGAAUCUGGCCGCCCAAUCCACAAGUGAUACUCCAGCUUUUGGAUGCUUGUCAAAGCAAAAAGACACCAUCCCCUCCUGCCACGUCCUCAUCAUACUCCUCAUCAUUCGAGACGCCCUUGACUCUCCGGCAUAUAAAUAAAGUAGCUGACAAGUUGGAGACCGUACUACAAGAAGACGAAGAUCUAAAUCCCGAGUUUACUCGCGAUUUGAGCCGCUUUAUUCGGGGAUCCCUGUCACUAGCCACCGAAUUGGUGCAGACCAAAAGAGAUCUGGGAAGGACUAAAAUGGCCGAGCGCAUUCAACAACAACGCAGGGCUAUGAGGAAUACACAAUUGCAAUCAGGAGGGGUUUUAACAGUCGCACAAGGCCGAGAAAUGGUACAGAAAAGGGAGGAAGACCAGAUCGCUAAAGCUAGAAAGACGGUCGAGGCGGCGGAGUUGAAGGCACACAACGCACGCAGGCGGUGGUUUGAAGAAGCAGCAAAAGAGGCUCGUAAAUGGAGGGCAUCUGGGAGACUGGGACGAGUAGAAAUAUGCGAUUCUGAGUACGGUACGCGGUGGUUGAAGCGAUUUUAG